AUGUCCGACUUCGAAGAUGAGAUGGACGUCGACGGGCCCGCCCCGUCCAAAGACAUCACCUUCUCUUCCGACAACACGGCCAAGGGCAAACGCAGUGCCGCCAACCUCCCCGUCGAGGCCGAGGAUACCCUGCCGUGGGUCGAGAAGUACCGGCCCGUGUCGCUCGCCGAUGUCUCGGGCCACCAUGACAUUCUAGCCACCAUCAACAAGUUUGUCGAUUCUAAUCGACUGCCACAUCUGCUGCUCUACGGUCCGCCCGGGACGGGCAAGACCUCGACCAUAUUGGCCCUGGCCCGGCGCAUCUACGGCGAGCAGAAUAUGCGCCAGAUGGUCCUCGAGCUCAAUGCUUCGGACGACAGAGGCAUCGACGUGGUGCGCGAGCAGAUCAAGACCUUUGCCUCGACCAAGCAGAUCUUCACCAUCGGCGCGUCGGCCCAGCGCAGCGGCAUGGCAAGCUACAAGCUGAUCAUCCUGGACGAGGCCGACGCCAUGACGAACACGGCCCAGAUGGCACUGAGGCGCAUCAUGGAGAAAUACACGGCCAACACGCGCUUCUGCGUCAUCGCCAACUACACACACAAGCUGUCCCCGGCGCUGCUCUCGAGGUGCACCCGAUUCAGGUUCAGCCCGCUGAAGGAAAACGACAUCAGAGUACUAGUGGACAAAGUCGUCCUAGAGGAGGACAUUAAGAUUUCUGCCGAGGCCACCAGCGCGCUGGUCAAGCUGAGCAAGGGCGACAUGCGAAGAGCAUUGAACGUUCUUCAAGCAUGCCAUGCAUCUAGUACGCCGCUUCAGCCCAAGAAUGGACCCAAAACGCCGGAGAAGGAUAUUGUGCGAGAGCCCAUCACCAUCCAGACCAUCUACAACUGCAUCGCCGCGCCGCCGCCUGACGCUAUCGAGAAAAUUGCCCAGACGCUACUCACCACGAGCGACGUGACCAGUUGCCUCUCGACCAUCAACACCCUGAAGGUUGCCAACGGGCUGGCUUUGGCCGACAUCAUCACGGCCUUGUCCGAGACACUGGUCUCCAUGGAUGUGAAACCCGAGGCCAUGAUUCGCUGGCUCGAUGGUCUGGCUGAGAUCGAGUAUCGCAUGGCAGGUGGCGCAAGCGAGGCUAUCCAAACAGGUGCUGUGGUCGGUGUCGUCCGGGAGGGGUGUGAGUUGAUGGGCUGA